CAUCAUGACAGGACGAGGCAAAGGAGGCAAAGGUUUGGGUAAAGGAGGCGCCAAGCGUCAUCGCAAAGUCUUGCGUGAUAACAUCCAAGGUAUUACCAAGCCCGCUAUCCGGCGAUUGGCUCGUCGUGGUGGAGUCAAGCGUAUCUCUGGCUUGAUCUAUGAAGAGACUCGUGGGGUCCUCAAGGUGUUCCUUGAGAAUGUCAUCCGUGAUGCCGUCACCUACACUGAACACGCCAAGCGAAAGACCGUCACCGCCAUGGACGUGGUCUACGCUCUGAAGCGACAAGGCCGAACCCUGUAUGGAUUCGGAGGUUAAUUCCAACAUUAUCGUCCCUGACCACAUACCAUAUCCAACAUCAGGCCCUUUUAAGGGCCACCACCAGAUCCCUCACAAAGACGAAAAGCUAUAUGUACCAUAAUACAAAAUGAAACAUUUAUCUUCACUUACCAAGCCGAUUAAGGUGAAAGUAAUCCAAGUGUAGGCACCAUCUAUCAGCAAUUAUAAUGCAUCUCACGAUUAGUACACACUACUACAUGCCAAUCCAAUUUUGAGAAUCCAGCGGCCAAGAGAACCAAUACUUGACGAGUAAUGCAUUUCUAUACCUCCUUUAACCUUCAAUAAGUGUUGAACAAUCUAAUUUACAUAUCACCAUCCUUGUUAUCACUCUUGACAUCUACUGAAUGUGUGUCUGAUACAUUGGGUUUUUAUAAUUCUUAUUCCUCAUUAACAAGAAAGAGGUCUUAAAUCGACCAAUUCUACCCGUUAAAUCUUCCAUUCAAAUUAUGUGUUAGUAAGUGUACCUAAAACAUAGUGUUCACGUUAAAUAAAAAAAUUCAUGAGUGUUUUCAGAAGAUUGCAUUGAAGGGGAUCAAAACAAUAAUUUGUUCAACAGCUGACGAGUGACCAGAUUUAUGGAAAAUAAAACAACCCAAAAUCAUGA